AUGGUGAAGUUCACCGCACGCCGGAGUUUGCCCGAGCUGGUGGCGCCGGCACGGCCAACACCACGCGAGACCAAAGUCCUCUCCAACGUCGACGACUGUUAUGACCUACGAGUCUACUCUUUUGGGGUCGAGUUCUUUCGCUACCGACCAGGCGGCCAUCCAACGACGACGCCGGCAAAGGCCGUCAAGGUAGCGCUCGUGGAGGCUCUGGUGUACUACUACCCCAUGGCCGGUCGGUUGAGAGAGAUUCUCCCCACUAACAAGCGGAUUCUCCCCACUAACAAGCUGGUGGUGGACUGCACCGGAGAGGGAGUGGUGUUCGUGGAAGCAUUGGCCGACGUGGGGCUGGAAGAGUUUGGAAAUCCAUCACCGCACCCCCCAUACCCAUGCAUCGAGGAACUAUUAUGUGACACCGGCGAUAUCAAAGUCGUGGUUGACAAGCCCUUGUUCUUUGUCCAACAUGUGUGCAAGGAGGAGGGUCAUGCAAAAAGCUGCCACAUAACAGUAGUCAACCUACCUCCCGUGCAAGUCAAAGUUGAUGUCGCGCGGAUAGGACUGUGUGGUCUGCUUGCAAAUAUGGUCGUCCCUUGCCCGCUCAACCUGUAG